UCAUAAGACUUUUUAAAUCUUACGCUUGCGAAUUCUUUCAGUUUCUUUUGAGGCCGUGUACAAUAGGAAACGAUCGAUCUUUGUUCUUUGGAACAAUUAUCCUCUUUUAACACAACUAGUUAGUGUUGUAAUUGUUUUCGACAUGGACUUUAGGCAUUGAGGCUGGUGGAAGAAUGAUAAUGGUGAAUUUUUAGAUUACGGGAUACGGUUCGUCAACUUUGAAACAGUUCAAUCAGUUUCAGUGCUGAGGACCAGCCGUUACCUCGGACCAACGAAAGAGACAGUGAGUUUUUCGCAGCCUGGAACAUUUUUCAGUAAUGUAUAAGGAAUACCACUUUGUCACAUUUCUUGACGAUUGCAAAUACUGUAAACCUACAGACAUGGGCAAGGUUAUGAUCGACAAAGGAUUAUAAUAUGGGAUAAUUGUGGAUCCAAAGUGCUGCGGAUCGUUCGUUGUAAGGCUAAGGGUAGCAACCAGCAACGUCACUGGACAAUAUGGCCAUCCUGCCCCUGGGAGGAGUAAUGAUAAACUACACAACAUAACAUUGUACCUGAACAGAACCCUCAUGGAAUCUACCGCAGAAGGUUCUUCAAGAACAAGAACCUAAACUGGAAAAUAGACGGUUGUGGAUUUCUAGCCAUAUCUUCCAAUACUACUGCAAAUCUUGCACCAGUCGACUCUGUCUACAGUACCACAGUGGCACUCAACCUCGAGACCAUCGACGGACCCAGACAUUCAAAGGUUUAGCAAUAUUUAUAUAUUUGAUUAUUAGUUGGACUCAAGUGUUCAGACAGUGGCUGUUUAAUUUGUAGUUAAGUAGCCCGGUACAUGUUGCGGCCUUUCAAGGCAGUUUUUCAGCCAUGAACGUGUUACACAAAUCUACAGAACAUUCUUAAGAAGGUUACCUAAGGCGUCACUUGUUUGAAGUCGGACUUCCUGGUUCUACUUAAGAUUGUGAGUAUUACUGAAAAAAGGUUCACUGUAGUAUUGAAUCAACAAAAAAACAACGCUAUUAAAUAUCUUGGAACAUUUUGUUCAAUAUAAUCGAACUGAAAGUCUCGAGAAGGAAACAAAACCACCGAAAUCAACAACGUUGGAGGCAGUCAACCUCCGCUACUUCUUUUCACCGUUUUAAUUUACGCCUGGGCGUUUAUGAGGCAAGAACUUAGCGGGGGAGAUUUGUCCUGUAUUGGUGUUUGUUCAGCGAAUACAAAGAUAAUAUCAGCACAUUUGAGUCUCCUUUCUCAUAUUGCAUCGAGGCUGAAAUCUGAACUGACAAAGUUUAUGCAAUAAUUGAAUCUUAAUGUUUAUUGUGUUGGAGUUGUGCACACUAUCUGGAUAUACAUCUGAUCUUUGAAAGAGUCGACCGACAAAAGGAAAUUGAUUCUUUUAGAGGAAGUAUUGAUGUUGCGUGGUUGAAACACUUCUGAAAUUCUAAUCCUGACUGAUAUAAAGAAUAGUUAAUCAAUUGUGUACAACUGUGUUGGUGACGGGUGCGCCUCGGAUAAUCCUUUAAUACUUCAGGGAUUAAGGAUUGUGGAUGUUGACAGCAUUCGACUUACGAGUGUUGACAUGUCUUAUAUGGAGUGAACACAAUGUCAUUGUUGGACGUUGACGUAUCCCAUCCGGACAUGGAUAUCUUUGACCGCCCCGAGGUUACCGCACCCCUUGACCACAUCACGGGACAGCAGCUGCCCUGAACAGCUACCAGGAUUUAUUCAUUCUUCACGUGUAUCAAGACAGAGGCGUGUGAUUUACAUUAAAUACGGUUGUGACUGUAAAAUCAUGAGUUUGAAUCCCAACCUAGGUCAUCUGUACCACGACAGUAGUAUUGGCGGUACGCUGACGUCGAUCGAUGCUCGGGAGCAACUGCGCAUGCGUGAGAUAAACAAACGAGAGCAGCGGUAUCUUGCUCACCACACGUGCAUCCUGGACCGCGCUAAGGGCAUCUGUGACCGAUCCAGAAGAUGGGAGCAGGAAAAUGUCAAACAACAGAUUAAAAAGAUAAAAGAGAAGACGUUAUCACUUGAAAAGAAUCUCAGACAAGAAGCCAAACGCACCGCCGAUCACCAAAUCAAGUCAUCUGUGACGUCUGCACCCUGCCUGGUCAGCAGGAAAAGCAUAUUUGCCAACAUACCCAGAGAAGUUAAAUCGGCUUCGGACUUAACAGUCUCACCAACCCGACAUGUUGUGAAAACGAACAGUUUCCAGAAGCGCAGUAACCAUGUAGCCCGGGCUCUGCUGAAACUGUACAGUCGGAGUGAUGAGCGGAGGCGCCAGUCCCUGGAACAACCCAACCAGCUGGACCCGGCUCAGCUCGAUGUCCUCCACCGAGCCCGGGUUGUCCUCAAAGGGACCGAAGCGGAGGAUCAGGUGAUGAAGAUGCUGGGCGGUGCCUCCAGAGGACGUCGAUCUCUGCCAACACAUUUGACGUCGAAACAAGAGGACUUCCGGUCCGGCCGGAAAGAACACGGCAGCAGUAGUGGAGAUUCCGAGUUGGACGUUGAUGUCCAUCAGGCGUCAUGGACACGAUUCACGAAGUUACCUGAAAUAUGGAAACAGGCAACUGGGACGAAAUCAGGGCCCGACGUCAACAAACCAAAACUAGUGACCAUCACAGCGAAAUACAGGAAAUCCAGAGUGUGCUAAGGUAUGAUUUCGUGUACCCUGUAAACAUGCAUGGGGUAUCAUCAAUGUUUUACUAUACCUAAACAUUGAGGACACAUGGAACACACGGAUUGUUGACUUCUCUUAUGGUGUUGUUACCAUUUACCAAUUACGGAAUAGGAAGUUGUGGCAGCUGUCAUUUCGUCAUUGAUAAGAUCAUCGGACAGCGUCCUAACUUGACGAAUCGACUAGAAUUGAAAAUUGAUAUUCAUUUUGACGCUACAGUAUACAAGAGGUGAAUCUUAACUAUUCUGGAAUACCCGCUCCCGGACAUGAAUGUCAAGCACGGAUAUAUACGGUCAAACGGCAAUACUCAGUGUCCAAGAUUCGUUUCUGAUUGGGGAAAUCUUCUCAGGGCGAUUUGAUUUAUAUUGAUUGCAAAACUAUUGUUUUCCACAAGUCCUUGGUGCACCGAUGUCUAAGAAUCAAAUGUAUAUCUUCUUCAUCCGCUAGACUGCAUUUUCACACAUUUUCGUAUAUUUUCAUCGUUCUGCGGCGUGCUGGAGGAUUGGCAAUAUGCAAAUGUGUAUUGUACUUAACUUUAAUAAGCAUAUCAAUCCUGACAGACGUCCCACUGACAGCUAUGGAUUAUUUUUACCUUUAAUGUCGAGCAUGGGAUUAAUAUUAAUUGAAAGGAUAUGAAUGUUCUAACCCUAACAUCUGCUGUGUUUUCAAUCUAGGUUUCCAGUAGAUUUGGAGUUUGUAAGGUACGUGCGGUGUAAGGUAUCAAAAGUUACAUGAUUUUCUAUGAAUCUAUGCUAAGGAUUACAUAUUACCCCAAACAAUAAGCCUUGUUUCCUGAUAACAUUUUACGUCUUUAUCGCGAUGGUUUCAUUACAUUUUCAAGCUGGGUGAAGAUAUUAACAGAAUGUACCUCUUUGCGUUGUAUGUUUUACUUAACUUGAUAAUUCCAAAGCUGCAAAGCAAAAGUUUGUUAAAAGUUAAGUCCGCAAUUGACAUGAAAAUUGAAGUACAUAGUACUUAUUAUCAGAUGAUAUUAACAACGUGAAGGCAUAUUCCCUAUUCCCGAAAAUGGUUUGGAGUUAGUGCUUUUUCCAGUCACUGAAUCGCUUACAUAAAUUGGCAAAACAGUCAUGAAAAAUGUCUGAAAGUAUAAAUACAUUCUGCUGGUUCUUGAACCUUAUCCACCGUGGGUUUACAAAACGGAUUGCAAAAUGUUUCCUAUUCACAUUAUAUUAACAGAAUCCAUCCAUGUUUAAUCUGACCAGAAUGAAUAUCAGAUCACAUAUUCACAGUCCUAAUGAAUACUCUGCUCUUUUAAAACCGCACCAUUUACUCAUGUAUUAAACUGAUAAAACAGGA